AUGAUGGGCUACGCCAGCCUCGCUCAGACAGAUACCGGCCUGCACAUGCGCCAGCGCGCCCGCGCCUGGAUCGUCGCUGACGCCUCCAACCCCUCUGACCGCGUCGUCUACAUCAACGCCGACAUCGCCAUGGGCGACACCGGCGUGCGCCGCUCCGUCAUCAACGCAUUGUCCUCCGAGUUCCCCGGCGUCUACUCCGCGGCGAACGUCGCGCUCGGCAGCACGCAUCAGCACUCGGGCGUCGGCGGCUACCUCGAAAACCUCCUCCCGCAGAUCACCGCUCUCGGGUACGUCAAGGAGACCGCGGACGCGAUCGUCAACGGGACCGUGCUCGCCGUGCGGCGAGCGCACGCGAGCCUCGCGCCGGGGAGGCUGCGGUACGGGAACACGACCGUGGUCGAUGGGAAUCGGAACCGCAGCCCGACGGCGUACCUGGCGAACCCCGCGGAGGAGCGGGCAAUGUAUCAGUAUGACCAGGAUAAGGAUUUGAGCUUGGUGAGGUUCGAGGAUGAGAACGGGAAUGCGAGGGGCUUUUUGUCGUUUUAUGCAGUGCAUGGGACGAGCUUGUACGAGAAUAACACGCUCGUGAGUGGGGAUAAUAAGGGUAUGGCGGCGUUCUUGUACGAGAACAUGGUCGAGCCGAACUCGAUGCCUGGCAAUACUACGUUCGUCGCUGGGUUCACUCAAUCCAAUGUGGGUGACACGAGCCCCAACACACUUGGUGCGUACUGCGAGAGCCCUGGGCAGCCAUGGGACGGCCAGCCUUGCGAGGCGGAGCAUUCGACUUGUGGCAAUAAGACCGAGGAUUGUCAUGGCCGCGGCCCCGGCUUCCGCAUCUCGGACUUCGAGUCGAACCGGAUCAUCGCUCAAUUACAAGUUGACGGCGCGAGUACCAUCAUGAGCCAGGGCUCCAGCCUCCCCGAAGUCAGCGGGAGCGUGAAGAGCGUGCAUGUGUACUUGAAUAUGUCGUAUCAUAGCUUCACGUUGGCGAACGGGUCGACGGCACAGACGUGCCCGCCUGCUCUAGGAUACGGCUUUGCUGGCGGAACGACAGAUGGACCUGGUGCCUUUGACUUUAUUCAGGGAGACAACUCGUCGCAGCCGCAGAAUCCCUUCUGGGAGAUCGUGAAAGGCGCUAUCACCCCGUAUCCCCCGGCCGAGCAGGCAGCGUGCCACUAUCCCAAGCCGAUCCUCCUGGACACUGGCUACGCGAACACGCCGUACCCUUGGUCACCGCAUAUCGUCGAUAUCCAGAUGCUCAAAAUUGGGAACUUCGUUAUUUGUGUUAUGCCUGGCGAGCUGACGACGAUGUCUGGACGGCGGAUGCGCGAAGCCAUCCGGGCGAAGCUCAUCUCGAGCGGCGUGGUUGGGGACGACGCGUACGUGGUGAUCGCGGGGCCGGCAAACACGUACGGGCAUUACGUGGCGACAAGAGAGGAGUACAGCGUGCAGCGGUACGAGGGCGCAUCGACGCUCUUUGGACCUUUCACGCUGGAGGCGUACAUCGACAAGUACAGCUCGCUGGUGCCGUACCUAGGGGAUAAUAGCUCGCUGGGGGACCCGCCUUCGGACGACGCCCCACCGGACUUGAGCGGGGAGGCGAUUUCGCUCCAGACGCCGGUGAUCGUGGACAACCCGCCGCUGGGGAAGCAUUUCGGCGACGUGCUGAAGGAUGUGGAGAGUAGUUAUUCGGCGGGGCAGACUGUGUACGCACAGUUUGUCGGCGCGAACCCGAGGAACAACUUGAGAUUGGAGGGGUCGUUCUUGACUGUGGAUCACCUGAGCGACGGGGCAUGGGCAACAUACCGGACAGACUCGCACCCGUCGACGACGUACCAGUGGGCGCGGACGAGCACGCUAUUAGGGACAAGCACGGUUAAUGUGUCGUGGUGCGUGGAGCUCGGCACGCCGACUGGGACGUACCGCCUGAAGUACUACGGCGACGCGAAGGCGCUCUCCGGGGCGAUUACGCCGUUUGAGGGGACGUCGGGGAACUUUACCGUUAGCUGA